GUGAGCAUUAUGUGAGGGGUCUUCGAGUGUCCUUACCUCGGCAGGUGACAGUUCUGGUCCCUUCAGCCUGUGGUGGGACAGGCUAUGGCCCCUCCCCCACCCACAGCGGUCAGGGAACCCUGAGGGUCUGUGAAGUCACUGAGUUCCAUGGCCCAAAGGCUUGUGGGCAGGGGUGCUGGCCCGUCUCCAACCCAAGGACUCAAGAGCUCCUGAGAGGGACACUUUGAUUGGGAACCAGGACCACUCCAAGUGCUGACCCCCGAGGCCAGGACGAGGGGCAGGAGGUGCCAUCCAGGAGGUCACAGGAGCCCGCGGUCUGGCUUGGGUGCUCUCCACGCCGCCAGGCCACCAUGGUCCUUGGCUGGCUACUGCUUCUGGUGUUGGUCCUGUGCCCGGGUGCGACAGGCAUCAAGGACUGUGUCUUCUGUGAGCUGACUGAUUCCACUCAGUGCCCGGGCACAUACAUGCGCUGUGGGGACGAUGAGGAUUGCUUCAUAGGCCAUGGAGUGGCCCAGGGCGUGGGGCCCAUCAUCAGCAAAGGUUGUGUGCACGCCACCAGCUGUGGCCGUGAGGAACCGGUCAGCUACAUGGGCCUCACUUACAGCCUCACCACCAGCUGCUGCUCUGGCCACCUUUGCAAUGGGGGUGCUGGCUCUGCCACAGGGCCUGCCAGCCUGGCCCUGGGGCUGCAGCUGCUCCUGGCCCUGUUGCUGCUGCUUCCAUACUGGCUGUGACCCACAGAAACUGCAGGGCCUGGGGCUGUGCCCUUUGCCCCCGCCUCCACCCCUCCCCCCCAUUAAAUGGCCAGAGGUGCAGUCUACCUCCUGUGGCCCUGGCUUCCUCCGUUCCAGGGCCCAUGGGAGCCAGGCUGGCAAAGCCCCUGGCAUGCCAU